UGACGACGUAGACAUAGUAGAAUGAAUGAGAGGCAGCCGAGAGCACGAGAGCCAUGAGACAGACCCACGCCGAGCUUCACACGAUGAUGCUGUGAGGAGGAUUUUUCUUCUAACGCUAAAAAACAGAUAAAACAAUCAGAACCACUUCGUCGUCUUGAAGCGCAAUGGCACGAGGAGAGGGCGCGGAGCAGUUCUCGGCGACUUUACUGACAGUCAAACCUUUAAACACUGAGAUCAAACCGGCAAAGCCAAAGAAAGGGAAAACUCGUCUGUCUGUGUGCAGUAAGCUGUGCUAUGCCUUUGGCGGAGCUCCGUACCAGAUCACAGGCAGCGCUCUGGGCUUCUUCCUCCAGAUCUAUCUGCUCGAUGUGGCACAGCUGGAUCCCUUUUAUGCCUCCAUCAUCCUGUUUGUUGGCCGGGCCUGGGAUGGUAUCACAGACCCGACGGUGGGUUUCCUGGUGAGCCGGAGUAGAUGGACCAGCAUCGGCCGCAUGAUGCCCUGGAUCCUUUUGUCGACUCCGUUCGCGGUGCUGACUUACUUCCUCAUCUGGUACGUGCCUCCAUUUGAGGAAGGAAAGGUCGUCUGGUAUCUGAUCUUUUACUGCCUCUUCCAGUCAAUGCAGACGUGCUUUCAUGUUCCGUAUUCAGCCCUCACCAUGUUCAUCAGCAACGACCAGAAAGAGCGAGAUUCCGCCACUGCCUAUCGUAUGAUGGUGGAGGUGUUGGGCACAGUGCUGGGAACCGCAAUCCAAGGCCAGAUAGUAGGCGGCGCCUCCAACUGUCCCGAUGAGACUGAACAUGAGAACAUCACAAACUCAUCCAGAGUCAACAUAACCAGAGCUUCACUGGAUGAGACAAAAAAUGCUUACUUGAUGGCUUCAGGGGUCAUCUGCGUCAUCUACGUCGCGUGUGCUGUGAUCUUGUUUCUGGGUGUGAAGGAGCAAAAAGAGAGUGGGAGGAAGAAGUCAGAGCCGCUCACCUUCCGUAAGAGCCUCUGGGUGAUCAUGACUCACGGACCGUACGUUAAACUGGUCAUCGGCUUCCUCUUCACCUCACUGGCCUUCAUGCUACUGGAGGGAAACUUUGCCCUCUUCAUCACCUACGCCCUCGGUCACAGGAAGCACUUCCAGAAUAUUCUCCUGGUCAUCAUGCUUUCUGGGUCCCUCACCAUCCCGUGGUGGCACUGGUUUCUGACCCGGUUCGGGAAGAAGAAAGCAGUUUACUUUGGCAUCUCGUGGGCCGUACCCUUCAUGAUCCUGAUCGUCUCUAUUAAGAGCAACCUGGUCGUUUCUUACUUGGUCUCGGUGGCAGCCGGUGCGAGUGUGGCUGCAGCGUUCCUCCUCCCUUGGUCAAUGCUUCCUGACGUAGUGGAUGACUUCAAAAUUAAUAAUCCAGACAUCCACGGUCAUGAAGCUCUCUUUUACUCCUUCUACGUGUUCUUCAUCAAGUUUGCCUCUGGAGUAUCUCUGGGUAUCUCCACCCUCAGUUUAAAAUUUGCCGGCUAUGUGACCGGGGACUGUGUACAACCCGAGGCUGUCAGUUUAACCCUGAAGGUGCUGGUGUCUCCUGUGCCCGUGUUUCUGAUUGCCGUGGGACUGUUGAUACUGAAGACUUACCCCAUCGAUGAGGAGAGGAGGCAGGGCAACCGAAAAUUAAUGCAGCAAAUGUUGGACUCUGAAGCAGACUCCGAAAGCUCAGAACUUGGGAGUUGCGUGUAGCAGCAGAGGAUGAGCCGACCACCAUCGCUGGUUUGCGUGUUUGCACAGGCUGUUGAGGGACCACCGGUUUUCUGGACUGACACUGGAGGGACCACAGACCACUACUGAAGCAUCAUCAGCUUCUAAACGGCUCCCUCCAGCGGCUCACACUGGUUUACGUCUCCCUCUAGUGGCGGGCCGCUGUCAACUCGUGUGAAGAGUGUUUUCUGUUGUCCUACAUCUCCAGCUGUGUCCCAGAUGAAUUCCGUUUACAAAAACUAAAAAGCAACCACAACACAAAAAUCUACAGUGUGUAUUUUUGUCAGUGUAAAACCAAAGUCCCAGGUUCACUUCGUCUUUACACACUCUGUCCUUUUCAGUGGUUUUCUCUCACUCUUUAGCUGAAAUACAGCAGGAGAUCUGUGUAAAUUUUAACUGAAAUGGACAGAAGUAUCGCACCGCUUCAUUAUUUAAUCAUAUCUCACACACACAUUUUUGUUUGCCUUCAGCAGCUACAGCUCCUAUAAACAAACUGAUGCUGGUUUGAGUUUCACUCAGCAAAGAGAAGUCUCUUUUUCCAAAGAUGUAAAGUUUACUGACAUGUUCCUGGAGCUUUCAGUUUCUGUUUUACAUCUCCAGCUGUGAGCAGCUCCUUGAUGCCUUCUAGGGACAAUAGUAUUCAUCCUUGUUACCACUCUAUGCCUACACUACAUCCUCAAAGCCUAUUUAGAAAUGCGUUGGCAUUGAGAGAUUUGUGGUAUCGUUCUUGACACAUUUAUUUACUGGUUUACGGGAUCUGACAAACACUUGUGCAGAUUGGAGUGUGACAUUACCUGUGAUGUUUACUAUGUUUUAGCUGUGAAGCGUCCUGUUCAGAGGCUGCUCUGGAGGAAAUGUUCAGUAUGAGCCCUUAUUUAUGAAGGGCAUGAUGGCACUAUUCCACUAAUUGGAGUUGUACUGACCUUUGCUGCAGUUUCUACUUUUUGCUUUAUAGAACUUUUCAUAAAAGCAAAAACUUGAAGUGUACCUCAAUGUCCUGAAGGGGAAACGGCAUCUUGCUAAAGAUUAUAAUCUACAAUAUCUGACUCACUGCCUUACAGACACGUCUGAUUAGUUGCAACUGAGAUUUUCUGGUGAAGGAUUGUUUGUUUUUUUUAUGCUGCUGGAAAAUGUUACACGUUCCACCUUCUUCUGCUUUAACCGUUCAGCCGAUCUCCAUCAGGUUCAAUAGACAUUUCUGAAUGUGCUUUUACAGCUAAGUCAACUCCAGUAUGAAGUCAUUUCAUCAGGCAUGUUCUCACUCCUCAGGAGAGAAAAAUGCUUUAUUUAACUACUUAUUUAAAGAAACUAAGGGAUAUCAGCUUUCUUAUGGAAGCCUAUGUGUAUAAUAAUUAAUGACUGAUUAUUGUUGACUGUAUGAAGUGAUUUGAGUCGUGGAAAAACUGAACAUCGAAAUGGGGAUUUUUUUUUUUGUCCUUGCUGUAAUGUCAUUAAGAAGAUGCCUUUGCAGAAUUGUGACUCAAAAACCACAGCCUAAAUGCAGAUUUUGUUUGUUUUUUUAAAAAAUUUAUAAGUUGUGUGGGAGGAAUUUGUUCUCACUUUAGAUGACUUGGUCACCACAAAUGAUGGUUUAUUUUUGGGGAUUUCAACAAGAAAUCAUAAUAUAUUUCUGAAGUUGCACUGAAUGAACAGAAUCAAGCUCAUUACAUCUCUCCUGGGCCUCCUUCUAUGCUGCUGUUUGUAUGAAGUGUAAAUACUUUUUUCUGACUCUGAUCAUGAUUAGCAAUAUUUCAAUCAGUGAAGAGAGAAAUCCAUGUGCUGUAAAUGUGUAAUUUUAAGUCUAUGAAUAAAGUUUGUCUAGAUAAAGAAAAUGAA